AAAAAAACAAAGCAUCUACCAAAUAGUCUCUUCUUCUGCAAACAUACAAGAAAGUGUUCUAGGAUGACGAGCAGUGAGGACUAUUAUUCCUUGGAAGUAAAUAAUUAUCCCACAGAUUUGCCAUCCUUCUCAGAAGAUGUCACUCCUUGCAAGCCUGGGUCACCCAGCGAAUUCAACCAGAUCUUAAUGUUGGUAGCAUUUGUGGUUGUAUUUACACUAGAUAUGUUAGGAAAUGGACUGGUGAUAUAUGUCUUGAAGAGAAGGGUCCAUGUGUGGCAUUUGUCUGACCAUUAUUUAUUCCAGCUUGCCAUCUCUGAUAUACUACUGGGGCUGACCCUACCAUUUUGGACCACACAGUUUGUCUAUGGUUGGGUGUUUGGUCUGGUCCCAUGUAAGCUACUAGGGGCUCUUUUCACCAUCAAUAUGUACAGUAGCAUAUUUUUCUUAACCUGCAUUGGGUUGAAUCGAUACAUUUCAAUUGUGCAUGCAGUUGAGUUACAUGGAAAACAGAAACCUAUUCACACCAUCUUCAUAUGUGUCUUCGUCUGGGUAACAUCAUUUUUAUUGUCAUGGCAAGAACUUUUUUUCAGAGAUGUAAGCUACAUCAAACACAUUAAGAAUUUUGUUUGUUAUUAUAACUUUAAACCAGACCAAGCUGAUACCUGGAGAAUUACUUUGCGUCUUGUAAACCUAAGUGUUGGGUUUCUUCUUCCAUUGGGUCUCAUGUCUUUCUUCUACUCCAAAAUCUUUUGUACACUCCGACAAUCUAAGAUUAACCAGUCCCGACGUCCUCAGGUUGUCAUCGUGGUGCUUCUACUACUUUUUGUUUUUUGUUGGGCUCCAUACAACACACUGCUACUUAUCGACUCUCUUCAAAGAUUGGGCUACAUCAAAAGAGACUGCCAUUUUGAGAAAAUGCUGGAUAUGGGAGUGUUCAUCACAGAGAAUUUGGGGUUGGCUCAUGUGUGUGUAAAUCCUUUUGUUUAUGCAUUUGUUGGAGUGAAGUUCAGGAAAGAAAUAUAUAAGUUUUUUAAGAAAAGUUCAGAACAUGUUGCACAUUCGGGAUUACUGAGCAGCAAAGAAGGGACAGUAAUGUCAGUUGAACAAAACCUUUCAUUUUCCAGAGUUAUGUGAUUGAGAUAUACAUUGUAUUUUAAAUGUCCAAAUUGUAUCUUUCCAUCACCACAAAAUUUUCUUUAUAUAUAUAUAUGUAAUUUGCAAAUGGCAGAAAAAAAGAUGCACAAAGUAUUAGCAUAAAAACCUUCAAGAAAAUAAUCUUAGCCAUUUCCACAUGUGUUUGGACAUUUUCUGUUUUAUUACUUAAAUGACAAUUGUCAUCAAACUUCUAUUUAAUUUGAUGAUACUUUAUGGUAUUUGUUUUCUUUUUAAAAUGAUGUAUAUUGAAUUUUUUCACAAAUUGUAACUUUUUCACCUGGUUAUAAAAACACGUUAAGUCAUAUUCUACUGUUAACUGACCAGCUGCUGCUCAACCUAACCUGCUUGCUGUUGUGAUUGCUCUGUGAGAUCUGUUCGAACCUGCAGCAGCAGGCAAGUUAGUUUGAUCAGCAAUUGGUCUCUAACCUCCUCGGCCUAUUAAGGGACUUCAUUUUAUGUUUUGGCUGCCCUCAUUGAGCAUCGGCCUUCAACAGGCUGGGGAGAUCCUUGGAUCUCCCUGGUCGGCCUUGGUCCUUGGCCAUCGCAGCCCACAUGGGUAUUGCCAGUCCAGGCGUAAUUGUUUUGUAGUUCUAGUUUGCUAAGUUAGUCCAUUUAUUGUUCAAUAAAUUGUUUAUUUUGUUAGUAAGGUUUGUUUUGUUAUUAUGAUUUAUUAUUUCUUUUUUGUAAGUAAAGUAGUUGUAAGUAAGACUGGAGAAGGGUAGAGUUGUAGAGAGUAGGCGUUGUAUGAAAUAGUUGUAAGAGUGUCUAGUGGUAAAGUAACAGGGAGGCACUAGGAGUAGAGUUGUAGAGAGUUGUUGUAAAAGCAGUAAGGGGCAGCAUUUUAGGAAUUAACCUUUUUUUUUUUUUAAACUUGGUGUAUAGUGUUUUUGUAUAGUUACAAGGCAAUUUACACGAAAACUACAGUUAUGUUAGCACUUGGGGGGGUAUUAAUUGGGGUUGCACUUAUAAUAAUAAAAUAAUA